GCUUCACGCAGGACCCAAAACAUCAACUUAGCAGCAGUGUUAGCAUUAGCUGUGACUCUCAAAACUGGAAGGACCGGUGUUUUAAAGAGGAAAUAGCAACAUGAGUGUGUCACCAGCAGUCACCACAUUGUGUGAGAAUUCGAACGAAGUCUUCCUCGACGUGGCCAAGUUGUUACUCACAUAUGCGGACAAUAUUCUAAGGAAUCCAAAUGAGGAAAAGUACAGGUCGAUCCGCAUAGGAAAUCCUACUUUCUCCACCAAGCUGCUGCCCGUCAAAGGAGCUGUGGAAUGUCUCUUUGAGAUGGGAUUUGAGGAGGCAGAGACCCACCUGGUGUGGCCCAGGUCUGCGUCAAUGCAACAGCUGAAGCUCAUCAGGGAAUCCAUAGCAGCAGAGAGGAAUCAGAGGCUACAAGGAGGACAGCCUGUCCAACCAGGAGCUCAGGUUGCUGGAGCCUCAGCACCAGACAGCCUCGCUCCUGCUCCUGCUGCUGCUGCUCCUGCCAGUCAGCCAAUUCCACCAUGUCCAUCACAGCCAUCAUCCCUGCAAAAGAGUAUGAGCUUCUUCGUGACUCUCGAGGCAAACUCCCAGCAUGUGAUGAUGUAUGAAAAGCCUGAAUGGCAGCAGAAAGCUCUGAGUCACAUCCCUCACCAGCAGCUGUCAUCGGCUGCUCAACACAAGCUGAAGGAGGCUAAAGCUGCCGACCCAGAUUGUAAACUUGGAAUAGAAGACUUCCUGGUGCUGGAGUUACUUAGGUGGUUCAAGCAGGAUUUCUUCUCCUGGGUGAACAGUUUACCCUGCAGCCGCUGUGGGGGUCCCACAGAGAACGCCAGCUCCCUCAGUCCCAGCUCUGAGGAUAUGCUCUGGGGAGCUCAGCGAGUGGAGAACCAUUACUGUCAGCUCUGUAGGUUCUCCACAAGAUUCCCAAGGUACAACCAUCCCGGGAAGCUGCUGGAAACCAGGAGGGGGCGCUGUGGGGAGUGGGCAAACUGUUUCACCCUGUGCUGCAGAGCCAUUGGCUUGGAAGCCAGGUAUAUCUGGGAUAGUACAGACCACGUGUGGACAGAGAUUUACUCGCACGCUCAGCGUCGUUGGCUGCACUGUGACUCGUGUGAGAAUGUCUGUGACAAGCCUCUUCUUUAUGAGGUUGGCUGGGGGAAGAAACUGGCCUAUGUCCUGGCUUUCUCUAAGGACCAGGUGGUGGAUGUGACGUGGAGAUAUUCCUGCAAACAUCCAGAGGUUUUGUCUAGGAGGACCAGUGUUAAAGAGACCUGGCUGUGUCGCACCAUUAAUGGGCUCAACAACUCAAGGCAACAGGGUUUGAGUCCAGGCAGGAAGAAGGACCUGACGGAGAGGCUGCUUGUUGAGCUGGUGGAGUUUAUUUCCCCAAAGAAGCCGAAACCAGGAGAGCUGGGGGGACGCAACUCAGGCUCUAUGGCCUGGAGGACGGCAAGGGGGGAGACCAAAGCGGCCGAGUCUUCAACACAGGCUGAAGGUUACGUGUUUACUCCCACUGAGAAAGAGAAGAGUGACCGGUUACUGCACGUGUGCUACAGUGCAACUAAAGACCAGUACUGUCGACUGUCCAACAGCUCUGAGGUAGUUCAGGGUUGGGAUCAGUGCGUGUGGAGGAAGGAGUCGGUCUUCAGAAUGUUGGAAAAGGACUGGCAGAUGGUGUACAUCUCUCGAACAGAAGGCUCCUCUACAGGACGAAUGAGCUGGAAGUUUGAUUUUGCUGCAGUCGGGAUGAAGAUGAAGUCUGUCUCGAUCAGGACCAGUAGCCAGACCUUCAACACAGGGAAAGUCUGCUGGUCCUUGCAGUCAGGCCUAACUACUACAGAAUUCUGUGGAGAUGGGAAAAUGCAGUCGUUCCCCAGUUUGUCCGGCUCGUUGGACAUCGUGGUCGUAGCAGAACUCAGCGGGGGAGAAGGGGAGGCAUCUUGGCAGCACUCUCAGCUGUUCAGACAGAGCCUGAAGGAGACAGAGGAGUCUUCAUUUGAAAUCCUCAUCCACCUAGAAGAUGCCUAACGGUUGCUACACUCAACAGAACUGGAUCCAUAAUACUUUUUAAUUAGUUUCUGCUCUAAUGAGUCCAGUGGUUACCGUUUAAAAUAUAGUUAGAGCUCUAAAAUGGUCUUUUUUUUUGUUGAAUCAGUACAAUAUGUGUCAGUCCACCGGGUGGUGAAAUAUGCACGAUCUAAUGAUUGACAGCAACAGCUUGUUCUAUCCCAGAUAUUGCAGUUUGCUUUUCACAAACAAGAACGCAGCAGCACACAGGACAUUGACGUUGUCCCCUAUCACCAAAAGUGCUCUUGAUAUCUUCAUUGGUGUCCCCUACAUGUAUGGCACCUCUAUUUCAUCCUGAGGCAAUGUGUAUUCUUUGUUUUCAGUUUAGAGUCUGUUGCAUGUUAGAAACGUCAUCAACCCACCCACUCGCUGUGUUCUCACAUUGCCUCAUUUAGACUGAGUUUUUACUAGCCAGGAAAAAAACUCUGGGGAAAGUCUAGAGACUCAUACUUGCACAUUUGCGCUCUCACACACAGCCUCUCCGGAGAAUGUUCUGAGAUUCUUCUAAGUUCAGUGCGUGUCUGAAAGCAGCUAAUGAGACAUGGAGUCUGAGACAGAGUUUUCACCAUGAAGCCAUGGAGUUUUUGUAACCUAUACUUCUUUGUAAUUUGCAAACCAUGUGUUGAAACCCUCAUCAGCUCAGGUAUCUCCAGUUCCAAUUAUUGUUAAGUGUGUUAUUUUCGACACAAUGUGUGUUACUGUCUUUACAGUGGGCUAUGGUUUUGUUCUAUCUCAUCAGCCCCAGUUAGAGCAUGGAUAAUUGUGUGCGUAAUGAUAAACGGAGGAGUGUAAUGUUAGGAUUGGUGUUAUGGAAAUACGCUGUGUGGUUCUGCUGGUAUAAUAAAGAUAUUUUUUGCA